AUGGCGGAAUUGAGUCCUGUUUCAAAAUUAGGAUUUGGAUGCAUGGGGCUUUCUGGAAUUAUGAAUGAUCCAAUCCCUGAAGAAGACGGAAUUGCAAUCCUCAAGGAAGCCUUCAAUAAGGGAGUUACGUUUUUUGAUACCUCAAAUAGAUAUGGGAUUGACAAUGCUAAUGAAUGCUUGAUCGAAAAGGCAUUGAAGCAGUUACCCCGAGAAAAGAUUCAAUUAGCAACCAAGUUCGGCGUACUCGGAUAUUGUCACGAUCAUGUUAUAGUCAAAGGUACUCCGGAAUAUGCCCGCUCGUGCUGCGAAGGCAGCCUCAAAUGCCUAGAUGUGGAUUUCAUUGAUCUCUAUUACAUCCAUCGAAUCAACACAACAGUGCCUAUUGAAGAAACAGUAAGUGCUGAUUCUUUUGUUUUCUUGCCAGUGCCCUUUUCUGUCGCAUAA